GAAUUUAUAUUUGUUUUCACACAUGACAGUUUCACAACUCAAACUCAGUUCAGCACACAGCAAACUUCAGUUUUCUCAGAGCGUGAUUCAGUUCAACCAUGGCCGAUGAUUUCGAAUUUUCCGAUAAAGUUCCUCCUUCCUUCGAUCGCGUGGGAAAUGUUGUUAAGGAUUCUGGAUCCCAAGGUUUGAACCCAGGCUUAAUAGUUCUCCUGGUUGUUGCUGGGUUGCUGUUGACAUUCCUCGUUGGAAAUUAUGUGCUCUACACCUAUGCACAGAAGACCCUCCCUCCAAGAAAGAAGAAACCAAUCUCCAAGAAGAAGAUGAAGAAGGAGAGACUGAGGCAAGGCGUCUCUGCACCUGGAGAGUAGACUUUGUAGUUUGUACUCACCUAGUGUUCUGUGGUUUAAAUUGUACUCUUCAGAAUAUUUUCCUUGUUCUGUGGUGUCUGAGUUGUGUUAAUUUAUAUCUUUCAAUCCUGUAUGUUACUGAUAGAAACCUUAGUUUAUCUAAAAUAGUGGUUUAGCAGUAUAUUUGGGACAGGUUGUUUCA